AAAGGAAUGCGUAGGAGAAUUAUCAUAACCUAUCUAAGUAUUUGUCAAAAAACUGAAAAGGAUGCUGUUAUAAAAGCAAAAUGCAAUAAUAGAGUCAACUCAGUCAGUCACGACGUAAUCGUAAACACAGGGUGAGAGGCACGAGGCGGCCCUGCAGUUUCAUAAUGCCAAGAGAAGCAGGUGAGCACAGAACCCACUUUCCAGACAAAGAGGCACGUUACCAGUGCUGGGACUCACGGGACAAAUUCUGGGCUUGUAUUGAUAGCGGAGGUACAGAUGAAAGUUGCAAGGAACUUCGAAAUAAAUACACUGAGCACUGCCCCUCAACCUGGGUGAAACAUUUUGACAGAAAAUACCAUUAUCUAAGAUUUAAGGAGAAGAUGAAAUAUGGGUAUGACCCAAUAGACACCACAGGUACCAAAAAUGAAGGAUAGUUUUUGGAAAUAUAUUAGAUGGUAUUUAUCAUCCAUUACUGUAUCUAAAACAUUCAUUGUGAAUAUUGAAAAAAGGAAAGUGUGUAUGAUAUAUUAAAGACAAGGCAUGAUAUUUCGACAUUUAAAAAUAUGAACUUUGAAUACAUGUAGAGGAACUGUGUAUGUAUGUAUAUAUAAUUAUUAGUUUUAUCACGAGUGAAUAGUAAACAUGGAUUAGUUUCCUAUAAUAAAGUUUGUUGUACAAUGUCAAAAUAAAGUAAUAUUUGUCCAGUUA